AUGUCUUUGUCUGGGCUUAAACGAAAGACAAAACCGUCUUCUUCUUCUCUGGCAAAGCGCGUAAAGACUAAGCACGUCCUCACAGACGAACUUCCUUGGGAAAAAGUUGUCAAACCUCGGGAGGCCGACCUGGGAACGGGCCUUGAUGGAUUCCUGGAGCUUGAAGAGGUUGACGAUGUGGAUGUCGUCUACGAGGAGACAGAUGCGGGGCGGGUCGUGAAGUUUAAGGUCCGAGACGAUGAUGACGGUAGCAUCGUGGUUGGGAACUCCACCAACGUCGAGAGAAAGCAGGUGGAUGUGGAUGCGCUGCCCGAGCCCAUACACUUUGACACGAAGUCGAAGGUACCCGAAUGGGUGCCAUUCGGCCUACAUCCUCUGCUUGCGCGCGCGUUGCACGCUAAGCAUUUCACCACUCCCACUCCGAUCCAAGCGCAAGCUCUCCCCUUCGCGUUGAAAAACCGGGACGUUGUGGGCGUUGCUGAGACCGGUUCGGGAAAAACUCUGGCAUAUGGUCUCCCCAUCCUCCACCAUCUCUUGUCCGAGGCAUAUGCCAGCCCUAUUCCGAACUCCAGGACACGCCGCCCCGUCCGUGCACUCAUUCUCGCCCCCACGCGUGAACUCGCACUGCAAGUGUCGUCGCAUCUGAACGAGUGCCUCAGCCAUGUCGGUGAAUCGGGAGAUGAUGCUGCAGAGAAGGUGCUACAAAAGAAAGCGGGCAAGGGGAAGGGAAAAGCGAAGGACGAGCCGAAGGCGGACGGUGCGAAGCCAAAGCAUCCUCCGUUAGUGAGUGUCGCGGCUAUCGUUGGAGGCAUGUCGGCGCAAAAGCAGCGUCGUAUCUUGUCAAGAGGGGUGGAUGUGCUGGUUGCUACCCCUGGCCGUUUAUGGGACAUUAUCCAAGAGGACGAUGAACUUGCGAACCAAAUCGAGGAUCUACGCUUCCUUGUGCUCGACGAGGCGGAUCGCAUGAUUGAGACCGGCCAUUUCGCGGAGCUGGACAAUAUCCUUCGACUCACGUUACGCAAAUCAGACGAUGAUGUUAUUGAACCAGACAAUUCCAUGGAGAAGGAAGGAGACAAUGACGAAGACACGAAGGAGGGCGUUCGAUCCGGGGACCUGCAGACAUUUGUUUUCUCUGCGACCCUCAGCAAGGAUCUCCAACGGAACCUCAAAAAGCGGCGCUCCCAUAAGCACAAGAAGAACGGCAAACCGGCAUCUACACUUGACGAUCUACUCCUACGCCUCGACUUCCGCGAUCCGGACCCGGCGGUCGUCGACCUCGCCCCUGUUGGGACCGUCGUUGCCACGCUGAAGGAGUCCAAGAUUGAAUGUCUCGCGCAAGACAAGGACGCCUACCUAUACUACUUCCUCCUCCGCUACCCCGGCCGUACACUCGUUUUCCUCUCCGCGAUCGACGGCAUCCGGCGGCUGCUCCCGCUCCUCACGCUGCUCGGACUCCCUGUGUUCCCGCUGCACUCCCAACUCGAACAGCGGCAGCGGUUGAAAAACCUGGACCGUUUCAAGUGCGCCGCGAACGCGGUGCUGCUAGCGACGGACGUCGCUGCUCGCGGGCUGGACGUCGUCGGCGUUGACCACGUCGUGCACUAUCAGGCCCCGCGCACGGCGGACGGGUACGUGCACCGGAACGGGCGUACCGCGCGCGCCGCGCGCAAGGGCUUCAGCCUGCUCAUGUGCGGCCCCGACGAACGCCGCACCGUACGCGCGCUCCUGGGGAGCCUUGGCCGUCAGGAAGACGAGAUGGCGGAGAUGCCGGUCGAGCUGUAUAUGCUCGACCGCCUCAAGGAGCGCAUCCAACUCGCGCGCUCGAUCGACAACGCCCAGCACCGGGCGAAGAAGGCGAGCCACGAGCGGAACUGGUUGAAGGAGGCCGCGGAGGCGAUGGAGAUCGAGCUCGACUCCGAUCUCGCGAGCGACGACGACGCGCCGUCGAAGCAGCGGAUCAAGGCUGGUGCCGCGAAGGUCGCAGCGCUCAAAGCUGAGCUGAAGGCGAUGCUCGCGCAGCCCCUCGUCGCCCGCGGGGUCUCCACGCGGUACAUCACCUCGGGUAUGCAUUCGAUUGCGGACGACAUGGUGGCGGGACAAUACCACGAGACGAUGGUGGGACUGAAAAAGGUGGAGGCUGGUUCAGAUUUGGCGCCCGCGAAGAAACGCAAAGCAAAGGGCAAGCGGGUGAAGGAGCAGGAGUUCGAGGAGUGGCACGGUAUCUCGCAGGAGUCGUGA